UUUCUCCUUUGCUUCAAAUUUUUUUUCUAUUUUUUCCUUCCUAAAUUUACCUUUAUUUAUAGGAUUAUUUAAAGGAUUAUUUUGUUUUUGCUUCAACUUUAAUUAUAAUAAUAUGUAUUUCUUAUUAAACUUGUUUCAAGUUUAUUUUAAACUUGUUUCAUUUAAGUUUGUAUUUGCUUCAAGUUUAAUCUUUCUCUCUUAUUUAAAACUUGUUUCAACAAAACAAUUGCAACAACAAGUACACAAAUUAAUUGACGAAGUUGAGCAGCAUAGACAACAACUUGAGGAAGAAGUUGAACAACAAAUAAUGGAUUCCUCGGACAAGCCCCAAUCUUCCAAUAUUUCAAACAUUCAACUCCCCCCACUCUCCGAUUCAAGCUACGAAAAUGCUUUUGAAACACCAGCACAUUUUGCUUCUGAAAAUUUUGCUAGCGCCCACCAGAAUAAUCAAGCAAGUAAUGCACCUAUCAGAACUGUGCCAACUUCUCAAAUGAGCGAAGAAAUUGUGGAAUCUAGAGAAGAAGCUCAUUGGAGCACAAAAAUGGAAUUUGCUUCAGAAUCGAAUAAAGCAACAAUUAAAGAAGCUGGAAAUCCUUUUACACUAGAAGAAACUCAAGCUUCUCAAUCACAUUAUAUAACUGAUUCCUCCCAUUUAUUUUAUAGUAAUGGAACAGGACAACAAGAAUAUCAACAACAAAGUUAUACGGAGGGGGGCUACUACUAUGGAAAUGAGACGGCUAAUACUCCAGCUAGUAUGUUUGCUUCAACAGCAGAAGGGUAUGCUUCAAAUUACCAGGACUAUUCUUAUGCUCCUUCAACUUAUGAAACACCCGGCUAUUAUUCUACAGACUAUGGAGCUAAUAAUCCUUAUGGAGCAGUUCCCCCAGCAUCAUCAGAUAUUUACCAAUACAAUUAUAAUUAUGAUGGCCAAUAUGCUGCUGUAUCAGAUCAACCAAUAGAACAGCAAAUACCUGUAGCAGUACCAUAUUCUGGUCUAAAUCCUUUUAGUGAGGAUGGGAAUGCUUUGCCCUACAAAUCCGAUCUUCCACCUCAAACAAAUGAAACGCCGGUUGAUGUUUCAGUGUAUGGGUCACCUCCUCGUGCUCCUCCUCUCCCGCCUCCCCCUGUUAUUGCUGCAGGACUUGGACUUCCAGGAUUGGCUCAAAAGACAAGAACACAUGAUCCAUUCUCUUGGGAAGCACAAGAAAGUGAAAUUGAGCAGCAUGGAGGGGCCCCUUUGCCUCCAAGGACCUCUGAAGACACCGUGCAACAAAAAGAAGAUGAAACAUCGAAAAGGACAGAGCCUCCAGCACGUCCCAAAAUUCCCCCACCAAGUCGACCACCUGCUCCAACUACAACAAAAAUUUCAGAUAACCCUCCUAGCAACAGUUCACCUUCUGUAGUAAAGAGAGAACCUGAAAAUAAUGAAGAAGAAACAGAAAUUAAAGAAGGAAAACAAGAGGAUGAAGAAGAUCCGUGGGCACGCUUCAAUAAGAUGACUGAGAUGGUUAAUAAGGCUGUCAAGAAUACCGGUGAAAGGCUUGGUCAACUAGGCGAACAAUCAGCAGCCUCCCAACUGCAAGACGACCAGCAAGUGCAAAGCUAUUUGUCAACUGUAGGCGGGACUACCAUGCAACUGACCGCUUUACAACGGCAACAGAUUUUAGAGCAAGAAGCACACCACAAAAAAUUGAAAGCUGAAAAACGACAAAAGAAGCUAGAAAAACUAGAAAAAGGAUUUGGUUCAAAAAUUGGAGGGGUUUUAGCUGCUGGAAUUAAUGCUGGGAAGGAAGUUGCAUCUGUUGCUAAAGGAAAGGAGAAGAAACGAAAGGAAAAGAAAAUUGAAGAAAAAUACGAUCCUAAAAUGGAAGAGGAUAUGGAGAAGGCUGCUACUGAGUUAGCUAAGAAGAUUGCUGCUCAGCACGGAUUUAAGUUGGGGAAUGAGGAAGAGGAAAAUGGAAGCAAGGUGAAGGAGGAAGAUGAAGAAAGCGAUGAAAGCGAGGUUGAGCAACAUGAAGCUGAAAAAGUUGAAGCAGAAACAAAUCCGGAAGCAGAAGCAAAUUCAGAAGCAGAAGCAAAACUAGAAGCAGAAGCACCUCCAUCAAAAAAUUGGGCGGCCGCUUUUGAAAGUGCUUCAUUGCUUCCUCCUUCUGAAUCUGAUGUACACUUGGCAGAAGUAUUAACCUCGGGAAUAACAGAUCCUUUCGAUACAAGUCGGGCCAAAAAUUUGGCUUUGGGAGGUGGUGGAGGUGAAAGGGAGGUGGAUCCGUUUGCUCCACUUUCUCGGCAAGAUAGACAAAAGAGUGUUAUUGACGAUCCUUUUGAUGUCCGUCCAAUAGAGGAACUCAUUGCCGAAGCACGCCAACAAGCAGAAAUGGAAAGGGCUAGGAGAGAAGCUGCUGCAGAAGCUGGGGAGUAUAUAGAAGAAAAUGAGGGAGGUAUUAGAAGACCUACUUCGUCUAGACUUUCAACUCCAACUCAAGAAGGUGGUAGUCCGGUAACGCCGUCAAUGGUGCGUCCUGUUGGAUUUGAAGACGAUUUUAAGAAUAUGGCCAUCGAUGAACAAACUCCUCUAUAUGACGAAGAUGAUUCUCAACCUCUUUCUGAAUUUCCUCCGCGUUUUACUGGUGAUGGCUGGGAGCUUCUUCUAAGAUAUCCACCCAAAAAGAAGCUGAUGGCUGAUCGUUAUUGGAAACCAAUUUUUGUUCGACUUAAUGGGAAUAUGCUUUCUUUGUAUGCAAAUGCGCAAGAGACUAGGCCAUCUCAGGAAAUUUUAUUACAGGCCAACUAUUCAUUAUCUGACCCAACAUUACAAGCUUAUGAUAUUUACGGCAAAAUACAUACAGUCAAGCUACAACAUAUUCUCUACAGAGAACGUGUGGGUAUACGUCCAGGCCAAAUUUCCCGGCUUGUUGAAGGACACAUAACAAAGUAUGGACUUCCACUUGAACAUGCAGCACAAUGCAAUGUUAUAGCAAAGUUUGGGUCGUUGGAUGCUUCUACAGUUUUGAGUUUUACGAGAGCUGUGGAGGAUGCUUUAUUUGUAUGUCCUAGCAAAAGAGAGUUUACUGCAGCAAAUGCACCUUUAUAUAGACAGGAUGAGGUUCAGAUCCAUUGUUAUGACGAAUACGAAGCAAGGAUUGACCGUGAAGGUUUUGUUCAUGAUCAAAAAGCACGUGUUCGCCUUUUCUGCCUUGCUUUUCUUACUGGUACAACGCCCACAUUAGAGAUUGGAUUAAACGAUCGUCGACGUGAAGGGAAAGAAAUUGUUAGAAGAAAAGACAUUUUGCCCAUGUACACCGAAAGAUGGAUACGUUUUGAAGCUCCAGAGUUCCACAGUACUGUAGAGAAGUCUGUCUGGGAAGAAGACCAAGUAGUUAGACUCGUCCCUCCGGAUGGCUGCUUCUUCGAAUUAAUGCGCUUUAGAGUCAGACCUCCAAAGAACCGAGAAAAACCUCUCAGUGUAAAAUGCAUAAUGCGUCUGUCUGGGAAGCAAGUAGAAAUUCGAAUAGAAACUGCAGCAGCCCUACAUCAACAAUGUGCUAAAGGAACAGUAGAAUCUACUAGAUCAAUCCCUUGUGAAAAUAUUUGCAUCCGUUUCCCGAUACCGGAAGCUUGGAUUUAUAUUUUCCGUGAAGAGAGACAUUGGGGUGUCGGUUCAGUUCACUCAAAGAUGAGAAAACCUGGAAAAGUUAAAAACUUGAAGGAUAAAUUAAUGGGAACUGUGCAGCAAAAUGAGCCUUGUUUAAUUGAGGUUGGAACAGGUGAAGCAAAAUAUGAGCAUUUAUUUCGUUCACUAGUUUGGAGAAUCUCUCGAUUACCUGAUAAACAAAGUGCUGCAUACAAAAGUUAUAUGCUCAAAUGUCGUUUCACUCUCACUUCAUUCGAUUUAAUGCCAGAAACUUUUAUGCCACAAAGCGAGUUGGAGUUUACUAUGCCUCUAGCGAUUGUUAGCAAUACAGUGGCUCGUUCUGUAGGUGUUGAGCAACACGAAGACAGUGAUAGAGUAGAAAAAUUUGUUCGGUAUUUGGCAAAAUUCCAUUACAGAAUUGACAAUGACUAUAUUCAAUGCCCAGACUUGGAUGUGGAGGAUGUUGUAGUUGAACAACCCCAGCAAUCAACUGAUGAUAAAAAUGAGGAAGACGAAGCUGUAGUAAAUGAACCUUAUGGAGGUUAUCGAAUUGAAUUGCCCGACGAUAAUAUCCACCAGCAACAACAAAUUCCGUCCACUACCCCACAGGAUUGGAACCAACAAGAAUCUGAAAAUACAAAAAGAAACACAAAUCUUUCAAAAAGUAGUAGUAGUGGAAGUAGUGAUAGUGGACGUAAAGCCUUCCCGGUUAUUCAAAUUGAUAUGAAAGGAUAUGGAUAUUAAAUAAAUAUAUUUUUUAUAUUUGUAAUAAGGUUGAUGGAAUUGG